CCCGCCCCGCACAGCCACUCUUGCGCCUCUGAACAGCCACAGGGGUAAAGUCCUGUCAUCCCCGGGAUCCGGUCACUGGGGAAAAGGGAUAAGGAGACCAGAAGAGGGCCCGCUGGGGCGAGUGGGAGGGGGCCCAGGAAGCAGCGUCUGAGAGGGGCAGGGACCAGGCGCAGGAGGCCGGGGGCACGGAGAACAAACUCCCCUCAGAGGUGGAGAAGAGGAGAACGGAAGGAACCGAGGGAGGGACAGGCGGGAGCCCGAGGAGGAAAGAGGAGGGGAGAGGGGUCAGGCCAGGAGGCCACGGAGGAGGCGUGUGGCUAGGGGCUGCUGCCGGCAGGAAGCUGGGGACAGGACCCGACCCUCAACCCUUGGAGCAGCGAGCAUCCCCACUCCGGGCAGAGGCGCCAGCGGUCGGGCGGGAUGAGCCUCUGAGGGCCACAGCGGAGCGCCCCCACCAUGGCCCCCAGGACCCUCUGGAGCUGCUACCUCUGUUGCCUACUGACCACAGCCGUGGGGGCAGCUAGCUACCCUCCUCGGGGUUACAGCCUCUACACAGGAAACGGUGGGGCUCUCAGCCCCGGGGGGCCCCAGGCCCAGAGCGCCCGCCGGCCUGCCAGCCGCCACAGGAACUGGUGUGCCUACGUGGUGACUCGGACAGUGAGCUGCAUCCUUGAGGAUGGAGUGGAGACCUUCGUCAAGCCCGACUACCAGCCUUGUGCCUGGGGCCAGCCUCAGUGCACCCACAGCAUCACGUACCGCAACUUCCUUCGUCCGCGCUACCGCGUGGCCUACAAAACGGUGACGGACAUGGAGUGGAGGUGCUGUCAGGGGUACUCGGGUGACGACUGUGCCGAGAGCCCCGGCCCCGCGCUGGGCCCUGCCCCGGCCACGCCUCGCCCCCGGCCCCAGCCGGGCCGCCCCAACCUCUCCGGCUCCAGUGCCGGCAGCCACCUGAGUGGGCUGGGCGGGGAAGGUCCCGGGGAGUCAAAGAAGGUGCAGCAGCUGGAGGAGCAGGUACAAAGCCUGACCAAGGAGCUGCAGGGCUUUCGGGAUGUCCUGCAGGGACUGAGUGGGCGCCUGGCAGAAGAUGUCCAGAAGGCCGUGGAGGCGGCCUUUAACGGGAGGCAGCAGCCAGCAGACGCAGCCGCCCGCCCUGGUGUGCAUGAAACCCUCAACGAGAUCCAGCAGCAGCUGCAGCUCCUGGACAAGCGUGUCUCCACCCACGACCAGGAGCUGGGCCACCUCAACAACCAUCACGGUGGCGGCGGCGGCGGAGGAGGAACCCUGGACCCAGCCCCAGCCUCCCCUGGCCACAGCCAGGAGCUGCUGCGGGAGCUGGAGCGGCGUCUGCAAGAGUCCUGCUCCGUGUGCCUGGCGGGACUGGAUGGCUUCCGCCGGCAGCAGCAGGAGGACCGAGAGCGGCUGCGUGGACUGGAGAAGGCACUGGCCUCUGUGGAGGAGCGGCAGCGGCAGCUCGCCAGGCAGGCUGUGGGCCACAGGCCCCCUCAGGAAUGCUGCCCUCCGGAGCUGGGCGGGCAACUGGCAGAGCUGGAGCGGAGGCUGGAGGUCGUGGCCAGUUCAGUGAAAGUGCUCAGUGGGCGGAGAGGCUCGGAGCUGGAAGGUGCAGAGGGGCACGGAGGCCAUCCCCCAGGCUACACCAACUUAGCAUCCCGCCUCUCCCGCCUGGAAGACCGAUUCAACUCUACCCUGGGUCCCUCGCAGGAGCAGGUGGAGGGCUGGCCUGGGCGUCCUGGGGGACUGAGCCACUGGCUGCCUGCUGCCAGGGGCCGACUAGAGAAGCUGGAGGGGCUGCUGGCCAAUGUGAGCGGAGAUCUAGGUGGCCGGCUGGACCUGCUGGAAGAGCAGGUGGCGGGGUCUGUGCAGGCAUGUGGGCAGCUCUGCUCUGGAGCCUUGGGGGAGCAGGACUCCCAGGUCAGAGAGACCCUCAGUGCCUUGGAGCGCAGGGUGCUAGACAGCGAGGGGCAGCUGCGGCUGGCGAUCUCGGGCCUGCACAAGGUGGGAGCGGCCGGGGAGGCCCGGCAGGCCACGCUGGAGGGACUGCAAGGGGUCGUGGGCCAGCUCCAGGGUCGUAUUGAUGCUCAGGAUGAGACAGCUGCAGAGUUCACCCUUCAGCUGAACCUCACAGCUGCACGGCUGGGCCAGCUGGAGGGUCUGCUGCAGGCCCGUGGGGACGAGGGCUGCGGGGCCUGCGGUGGCGUCCAAGAGGAACUGGGCCGCCUUCGGGAUGGGGUGGAGCGCUGUUCCUGCCCCCUGCUACCUCCACGGAGCCCUGGGGCUGGCCCAGGUGUUGGGGGGCCAAGCCGUGGGCCUCUAGAUGGCUUCAGUGUAUUCGGGGGCAGCUCCGGCUCAGCCCUACAGGCCCUGCAAGGAGAGCUUUCUGAAGUCAUCCUCACCUUCAGCUCCCUCAACGACUCACUGCACGAGCUCCAGACCACGGUGGAGGGCCAGAGCGCUGAUCUGGCGGACCUGGGAGCCACCAAGGACCGCAUCAUCUCUGAGAUUAACAGGCUGCAGCAGGAGGCCACGGAACACGUCAUGGAAAGUGAGGAGCGAUUCCGAGGCCUGGAGGAGGGACAGGCACAGGCUGGCCGGUGCCCCAGCCUAGAGGGGCGAUUGGGCCGCCUGGAGGGAGUCUGUGAGCGGCUGGACACGGUGGCUGGCGGACUGCAGGGCCUACGCGAGGGCCUUUCCAAACAUGUGGCGGGGCUCUGGGCCGGGCUACGGGAAACCAACAGCACCAGCCAGACACAGGCAGCCCUGCUGGAGAAGCUGCUGGGGGGGCAGGCGGGCCUGGGAAGGCGACUCAGUGCCCUGAACAGCUCACUGCUGCUCCUGGAGGACCAGCUUCACCAGCUCAGCCUGAAGGACCUCACUGGGCCUGCAGGUGAGGCUGGGCCCCCAGGGCCUCCAGGAGUACAGGGACCCCCAGGCCCUGCUGGACCUCCAGGACCUCCAGGCAAGGAUGGACAAAAGGGGCCCAUUGGGCCACCAGGGCCCCAAGGUGAACAGGGAGUGGAAGGGGCACCCGCAGUGUCUGUGCCCCGGGUGGCUUUCUCAGCUGCCCUGAGCUUGCCCCGGUCUGAACCAGGCACAGUGCCCUUCGACAGAGUCCUGCUCAAUGACGGGGACUACUACGACCCACAGACCGGCAUAUUCACCGCGCCACUGGCCGGACGCUACCUGCUGAGCGCAGUGCUGACUGGGCACCGGCACGAGAAAGUAGAGGCUGUUCUGUCCCGCUCCAACCUGGGCGUGGCCCGCAUAGACUCCGGUGGCUAUGAGCCUGAGGGCCUGGAGAAUAAGCCGGUGGCCGAGAGCCAGCCCAGCCCGGGCGCCCUGGGUGUCUUCAGCCUCAUCCUGCCGCUGCAGGCUGGCGACACGGUCUGCAUCGACCUGGUCAUGGGGCAGCUGGCGCACUCAGAGGAGCCGCUCACCAUCUUCAGCGGAGCCCUGCUCUACAGCGACCUGGAGCUAGAACAGGCGUAGGCAGGGGGCAGGUGGACCGGCCUGAAGCGUCUCUGCCCGCCAAAGAGCCAUGGGGGGCGGCGGGCGCCCGCGCGGGACUGGGCACUGGCUCGGCACCCCAGCCCUCGGCGAGUCGCCGCCUCCAGACCCGCUGCAGCAAAGGCGCCGGUGCAGCCUCCUCUCCACUCCCCACGAACAGAGUGCAUCAGGUUGGGAUCUCCGGAGUCCCCUCGUCCAGACUUUUGGCCUGACCGCUGUCCCCUGCAGGACCCGGACUGCGGAGGAGCAGAUCUUGGUAGCCUAGAAGCCCCCCCAACUGGCUUCUAGGCCGACUUCCUGGGUUCCACGGGUCUCCCGAGGGUGCUCGGGCUCCCACCGCCAUACUAAACUAUUCAGGAAUAAAGACACUUGGUUUUUAUAAAAAAGAACAAAAC